UGCGGUAGAAGUAGUCCCUUUGUUCAAAGGAAAAAAAUGGCGGAGGUGAAACCAAAUCCUCUUACAACAAGAGACUUUAGUAGAGUAAUUCUCACUUUGGAAAAUGUUCUUAUUCCCGAUGAUAAACUUUCUCCAACCCCAUCAAUGCAAGAUGGAUUGGAUUUGGAUACCGAAACAGAUCUAAGAAUUCUAGGUUGUGAGCUCAUUCAGUCAGCAGGGAUUCUGUUAAAACUACCUCAAGUUGCAAUGGCUACUGGACAGAUUCUCUACCAGCGUUUCUACUACUCAAAAUCUCUAGUGAAACACAAUUAUGAGGUUGUAGCUAUGGGUUGCAUAAACUUAGCUUCAAAAAUCGAAGAAUGUCCAAAGAGAAUGCGAGAUGUCAUAAAUGUUUUCCAUCAUAUCAAACAAGUUAGAAGUCAAAAAACAAUUCAUCCCCUGAUAUUAGACCAGAAUUACAUCACCACUAAAAACCAAGUGAUCAAAGCUGAGCGUCGUAUACUGAAGGAGCUUGGAUUCUGUGUCCAUGUUCAGCACCCACACAAGGUCAUUGUGAUGUACUUGCAAGUACUUGAAGCUGAGAAAAAUCAGAGACUUGUGCAGUGUGCUUGGAACUACAUGAAUGACAGUUUUAGAACAGAAGUGUUUGUGAGAUUCCAGCCAGAGACCAUUGCCUGUGCAUGUAUAUACUUAGCAGCUAGACAGCUACAGAUUCCAUUGCCAAAUAGUCCUUCAUGGUUUUCCAUCUUCAAUGUGGAUGAAAGCCACAUACAGGAAAUCUGUCUCACUAUCUUAAAGCUUUAUGCCAGGCCAAAACCAAAUCAUGAAAAGUUGGAGGCAAAAGUAAAUGAGUUAAAGAAAGCCCAGAUGGAAGCCAAAAAUCGGGCCAAGGGUCUCUCGUCCGACCAUGGUACACCUCGAGAUUCAUCGAGACAAUCUUCUCCAAAAAACGUGAGCCCUAACCCAGCCUUAUUACCUGCUUUGAAGCGGAUCAAAGCAGAGGAUGACAAACACUCGGAGAACGGUUCUAUAAGAAACAAUGUGAAAGCAUCAAGAUCCAGAAGUAGAGGAAGAUCCUCUUCAAGUAGGAGUAACAGUAGAAGCCCCAAAAGACACAAAAGACGCAGCCGAUCAAGAUCUCCCGCUCCAAAGAAGCAUAAAAAGGACAAAUAUAUCAGUUCUAGCAAUGACAGGGAACAUCGCUACGUGACAUCCAAAGAACACAAACAUUCCCACAAGAGAAAGAAAGUGUCUCGUUCCAGGAGUAUCAGUCGGUCGCUGAGCAGGUCUCCCGACCGCUACAAGUCGGCCAGCCGGAAAAAGUACUACAAAGACCGGGACCACUACUAUUCCCCAGAAAGACAUUCCACAAAACGCAGGAGAAACGGCCACUCUAGUCCGGGGAGGGAGCGCUACGAUAAAUACAGGCGAUAACAAGGGUAGAAGUAGGAGGGGCAAUUGGGCAUUGUAAAUCACCGCAAUAUUAAUUCUCCUCAUCGUUUUUAUUUUAUCAUGAAGUGCAUAAAUUUAUUUUUUGUGUGUGUAUGUGUGUGAAAAAAUGUUUGAGUAAGAUGAUCAGAAGAACAGUAUAUAAAAUGAUUGUGCUUUCGAGGUAAAAAAAAAAAAAUAGUGAUUUUUAUGAAUUUGGAUGAGCGGUAUUGUGUUAAUGGUUGGUUGAUUUUUGAGCAAGUGCGUAGAAUUACAAGUACCAUACAUAUGUAUCUGUGAUAUGUUGUAUGAAUCAAAGUGUCCGAGUGCGAUCAGAAAGAAAUGCCUUAAUGUUUUUUUUACACUGCAGGGAAUAUAGCAGAAUCAUGUUCUGUACAAAGGAGAUCUGGUGUUUUGUAUAAUUUAUGAUAUUGAUAGCAGAUGCUAUUGUAUUUCAAUAAAGAAAUUAUUUUAUCGUUACUGGUAA